AGCCUAAAAAUCUGGAGUCAACUGCAGAAAAACACGAGAUCUUCACUUCUCAUUUUUUUCUCCUAGUCUAGGAAGUGAGGCACAUGACCAUGUGCAGCUGAUGUAAGAGUUUCUCUUUGUGCAAAGUUCAAGCCCCCAGUGCAGAUUAUUAACUGGCAGACAAGAGGUAGGUUCCUGACAGACAUGUCUCAGCUGGCUUCUUAUUAAGAGCUCAGAUACAGAAGACUCCUUGCUUCUGUUGGACUAUCCUGAAGGCAAAAGGCGAUGCCUCCCACCAAAGAACAGGGGGAAUGAAUACUUCUUGAGUGUUUCUCUAAGCCUCCUCAGACAGAGGUUAUUAACUCUUCAAACAGGAAGCAGUUUACAGAAGGAGUUGUUUGUAUAUGUGAUCCUGUGACCUGUUCAGUGAAGGAAGCUGGUGGAGAUAUGGAGAGGAUCAAUAAGGAGACUGGAGAGUUGAGUGCCUCAGGGGAAUGUAUAGAGAGCAUAGAGCUGAAGAGUGAUGAACCUCAGAUGGAGCCUGGGGAUGAGGAAGACUCAUGCACAGGACUGGAUGCAGCCACGGCUCUUGAAGACCAACUCCUAGAGCUAGCCAAAGCAUCAGCAGAACAGCGAGAGGAGCAACUCCUCCUUCUUCUGCCCAUAUUUAUACAGGUGUAUGAAAGCAAUAGACCCACUGAGGACCUGGAUCUCCAGAGUUUGGCUACUCAAGUCACAGAGACGCUGGUGUUUCACAUACAGAAGAGAGUGGCAGAAAAACCUGCAGAACAAGCACGAGCUGAGCUGGAGCAGUUUUUUCAACAGGCAGAACAUGGCAGAUGUAAAGGAUGGCUGCUGUUGAAGGCCAUAUCUAUUUUGUCUACCAGUGAUGCUGGAGUGAAUGCAGCAAUUGUCACUGGACUAGCUUCUGCUUUAGUGAAGUGCCUGUAUCUGUUUGUAGCCCUUUCUGCCAAAAAAGCCAGCGAUCAGGAGGAUGACAAGUGCUCGUUCCAGGACGUAUUAAUUCAGGUGAUCCUGCAGCUGUGCAGACAGGUGCGGUUUGUGGAACAGCUGGUGGAAACAGAGGAGCUGCAGUGUUUGAUCAUUGCUCUCACCUCCCUGUGGGACCAGUGUAGCUCCUCAUGGAGGAGGCAGGUUUCCCGCGUGCUCAGGGCUGUAUCAGCAGUCCAGGUUCCAAACACAGUUCCAGCACUGCAAGCUAAGAACUGUGUGAAGAUCUGCAUUCAGAAUAUGCUGAAAAUGAGCGAGCACGUCCAUGGGCUGAUUCUAGCUGAGGUUGCUGUGAAUGUGUUCAGCUUUGUGAAGGACUCAUACCCAAACAACCCUGCACUUUUUGAGGAGUUUGAGAACAAUGAUGGCUACACAGUCCUCCAGGCCAUUAUGGAACGGUGUGAGGAGGAAACGUCAGAGGAGGACUUUUCUCCAGUGCAAGAUCUCCUGGGUCUCAUAGCCUCAUUCACUUUAUUUGGCAAAGCUGAGUUAAAGGUGGCCCUCUGUGUCAACAACCCCCAGCCACCAGGCUUUAAAUUUGACCCACCUUUGAUCACAGGAACAGCAGUGAAGAACCUCCGAGCUUUUCAGAUCCUUCAGUCCUCUUUCUUGCGUUCAGGCAGUGCGCUGACCUGCAGUCAAAUCUUGUGCACAAUCCACACAAUUUGGUCGUGGGACAAAGCCAACUUCUUCCUGCUGGAGUGGACACUGCAGUGUCUGGCCCAGCUGGCUGAUAGUACAUGGCAGAAGCCAGCAACUGUGCACAGCUUCUUUUUUAAGCUUCUAGAGACUGUGGUCUUUCAGCUAUCCUAUAUUCCUCACGAUACAUUGCGGAAGGUGCAGGCUGUGCUAAAGGAGGGAUCAUCUCAGGCUUUUAGCAUGGCUGCUCUGAAGUGUUUCCAUGGCAUGGUGAUGAGCAGUAGCCUGCUGUCUGACGUUCUGAGUGAUGGUGGGUUGAUGGAUCUGCUGUUGGUGGAGCUCAGACGGCGAGCCAAGAUCCUGAGGAAGGCUAACAUUUCAGUGACUAAGGGGGAACUGAGAAUGGAAGACUGUGAGAGGCAGCUCACCACCAAUAUGCUAAAUGUAGUCGCUGCUCUGGCAAUGAGAUCCAUCAGAAAUUCAGUGUUUAUACGGGACUCUGGGAUGAUUCCCUACAUAAAGAUCUUCCUGGAUGAUGAAAUGUACCGCAGUCCAACUCUGUGUAUCCUGGAGCAGUUGUCUGAGAUGAACCCAGAGGAAUACAUGAGCACCACUAUAGGAGCUCUCUGCUCUUCCACUGAGACUGAACUGCAACUCAAACAAGACCUGCUGCGUUCAAUCCUGAAAGUACUUGACAACUCAAACAGCUGGAAUGCUUUCCGCACAGCUGGUGGCUUCACCAGUCUACUCUCCAUGCUGGUGGACAUGGAGGGUGCUUUGCUGCAGCAGCCGGCAGGUGUGUGGGCUUCUCUUAGUCACCAAGGACUGAUGGAGCUGCUGCUGCUUACACUGCACACAAUGGCCAUGGCUGUGCACCUGCAUCCUGUCAACGCUCACUUCUUCCACAUCACCAACCUCUAUGAGAGGAUGGCCGAGGCCCUGCUGCAGAUCGGCUGCUUCCUUGGUGGUGCACCAGUCGAUUUAGACACAACCAAAGACUACAGGACUUUCCAGGAUUUUUUGAAGUUGACUGAAAGUUCUGGAUGUCCCCUUCCUGCACCAAUGCAUGACUGCAUAAGAGUACUGGACUUCCUGGAGCAGUUUGGGACAGGGAUCAGCAGGGCUACAGAUUUGUGCACUGAGCUAAAGGAGUCUACAGAGAUUGAGGAGAAUCAGCAGGAGGUCACGAGCCACAAGACAGGGGAGGAUGACUUUCAGGGGCAGAUCAGAAAAGCAGCUCUCUCUAUCUCGUCUGUGACUGUAGAGUCAGGGAGGUUUUCAUGUGAUCAUACAAUACUGCACCCUGGAGCAGUUAAGGUCAUCAUGUCUUUACUGCCUCAUAUCUACUGCCCCAGUAACCCUCAGCUGUCUGUUGAGAUUCAGUUAGCUGUGGCCCAUCAUGUGCAGUCUCUGGUGAAGUCUGAGCGGAACAGGCAGAUCAUGUGCGAGUCCGGCAUGCUGGAAACCCUGCUGAGUCACUGCAGGGACAUCCUCAGUAACAGCACACACUCUCUGCAUCUGCCUGUGGUGCGCAUCCUGGAAAAACUUGCUUCUCAGUCUAUAGACCAUAAGUCCCUCAGACAGUUCCUGUGUUUACAAGCUCCUCUUACAUGUAGUACUGAAAAGUGUAUUUCUUCCCCUGUCUCAGAGGAUGACCCACCACAACAAAAUCCUCUCUCUAAUGGACACUGUGCUAACCAUGGCAUUGAAGAGGGUGAAAAGACAAGCUCUGAAAAGAAAAGAUGGACUCCAAAAAGGAGCUUUAGUUUACUGAACACUGCAUCAACUAGUAGGACACCUGUUCCUCUUCACCAGAUUAUUAGCCUUGUUUCAAUAACGUCACCGCGGAGCUUCCGGCCUCACAAAGUGUCUGUUUCGCCAUCGUUUGUGGAGUUUGACAUGACUGACAGUGGAUAUGGGUGUCUCUUUCUGCCAUCUCUUGCCACAGUGAAAGGCGUCAGUGCUGACAACAUCCCCACAGGAGGCAUCGGUGGUGACUGCCGAGGUUUUCCUCCCUCUGCUGGUCUGUCUUUCUCCUGCUGGUUUCUGAUCAGCAGAUUCAGCUCAGCCUGUGACUCCCACCCGGUGCGUUUGCUAACAGUGGUGCGCCACAUGUCCCGUGCUGAGCAACACUUCAGCUGCCUGUCAGUCAGCAUCUCCUCCUCUGAUGGCUGCCUGGUAAUCACCACUGAGGAGGAGGCUUACCAGUUCUUAGACAUGAUGGAGCCAAUGUCAGGGACACCGACUGCCCUGCCAACUACUGUGCGCUUUAAGUGCUCCAAACAGCUGAUGCCAGGUUUAUGGCAUCACCUUGUUGUUACUAUGGCCAAAGACAUUAAAAAGAGCUGCAAAGUAACCGCUUAUCUGAAUGGAGAGGUGAUUGGGAUAUCGAAGAUGCGGUAUAUUCAACCAUUCCCGGGUUCGUGCAUUGCAAUGGAUGCAUCAGCGGUCAUUGAUGUGUGUGGAAUUAUUGGCACUCCCCCUAUAUGGAAGCAGCAUGCAGCUCUGAUCUGGCGUGUCGGUCCUACAUAUUUGUUUGAGGAGGUCCUGAGCUCUGUUUCUGUAGAGAGAAUGUAUGCACAAGGUACUAGGUACCUAGGCAGCUACCUUGCAAUCGAUGCUCAAGCUAAUGGAAAAAUACCAUUUUCUCCAGUGAGGUUAGUUCCUCCAGAGAGGAUCUCGUUCGGGAUAAACCCAGCAGUGUCUACUGUCACUACUGUAGCAGAGAUCAGAGAUCAGUUCAACGAGGUCGACUGCCGGCUGAUUGCCAAAGAGAUAGGCAUUCCAUCACGGGAUAACUCCACUCCUGUCUUUCUGGCACGAAAUAUCAGUCAGCACCUCAGUGGAACUGCUAGAACUAUCGGGGCUGCCCUGGUUGGACAUUUCGGAGUGAGGACGUUUACAUCAAACACCGCAUCCAGUAGUUUUCAGUACAUUGGAGGGCCUGCAGUUGUUCUCAGCCUGGUUGCAAUGGCGACAGAUGAUAGUUCUCUCUAUGCAGCUGUCAAAGUUCUGCUAUCUGUAUUAGACACAAAUCCAGUUAUGAAACAAGAGAUGAAACGCAUCAGUGGCUAUAAGCUCUUUGCCUUCCUCCUGAAAAUGAAGGCUCACCUAAUCAGUUGCAGGACCUUCCAGCUGAUUUUGGCUAUAGUGGGCACAGUGGAGUUGGGAACAGGGAAUGUGCAUGUCCAUGACCUUACUGCUCUUCAGGGAAUCCUUUGUAACUUUGAGGUCUGGCAGAAGGCUCCAGAAAGUCUUGAUCUAUCUGUUUUAAACCAUUUUGUUGAUAUCCUGAGCUCGUCAAGUGGAGAUCCACGGAACGCAGAGGCCAUACACAGUCUCAAUCUGAUGAUGAAGCUGCUUUGCUUGUUGCAGGAUCCCACCGUGACUCACAGAAAAGUCACUGUCAUUUGCACCAUAAUCACAUGUCUGUUACAAAAACACUUCAACCCCAAAGACAUUCACAGGCUUGGACUUUUCUUAAUUCAUACACUGUUGCCCCCAACUGUCAAUGAGAAGACAGCUUUUCCUUUUGAAAUUUGUGAAGAUCAGUCUCAAGCCCUGAGCCAAACACCUGGAAGAACCAUCUGGAUCAGGAACCAGCUGCUUGAGGUGCUGUCUUCACUAAUCAUCUCUGACACACCUCUUCCUAACAAUGAACAGGAGGACAUGUUCUCCAUACUGGGCUCGGACUGGUUCUUCCUCUUCCUACAGGGACACAUCCACUCCAGCACAAUGCUAUUGGUUCUUAAGAUGCUUGUCCACUUUCUGUCACAUCAGAACAUACGGGCCAAGUUCAAAGAAGCUGUAUCUUCAGGAACACUAGUGGAAAACCUACAUGUACCGCUAGGCAUCACAGAUAACUUACAGAUGCGCUCCUGGUCAUAUGGGUGUUUGAGUGGCACAUUUCCAGGCUUUACUGUGCUGACCAGCCUGCUGCUCAAUCAUAUCAGCCUUCCACAGAUAUAUAGAGUGUUUGCUGCACUGCUUUUUGGAAAAUCAGACUUCCAUGUACCUGAUGGACAGGUGGAUCUUGACAGCAUGCUCCAGAGCGUGAUUGACGGCUCUGCUAAUGAAAAGGGAGUCCACCUGUGCACAGAGGCAGCCUGUGUCCUUAUUGAACUGGUCAAGAUGAUCAUUUGUAAGCCUAUAACAGGAAGUGAAGAUAGCUGGGAUGUCCAGUACCCAGGAAGUGUGAUGCAGUUCCUCUGUUUGGUCCACAGCAACUUUCCAAGAGAUGCUCUGUGGGCCUCUUCUGACUUCCUCAACUGCCUGGCCAGUGCAGUUUUCCCCACUGAAAUCACUGAGAACGCUGCAGGUCCUCAGAGUAAUGAAGACGUUGAGGACACAUCAGCUCCUCGCCUGUCUCACCCUGCGAGGAAGCAGGUGUGUGACUUCAUCCGCAUCCUGUUGAUGGAUAGCCUCAUAAACAUUCCUGCCAAAGACCAGCAUCACCCCUUCAUCCAGCUGCUGGAGUUCUCUCCAGAAAACGUUUGUCAUGAGCAGAAGCAAAGCUUUCAGAGUGAGCUGUUAGAGUUUCUGAUGGACAUUAUCCACAUAACAGGGCAGGAAGGGGGUCAGUCUACACAUGUAGCCAGAGAUGAUUCAUCCAAAUACAGCUCAGAGGGGAAGUUCACCAUACUGUCUGAGAAUGUCGCUUUCUUCAGUAAGAUGCUGGUGGAGAAGCUCUAUAAUGGCAUGUUUGUGGUGGAUCCAGAAAAUCUGUUGGUGUUUGUAGUAGAGCAGAUAGCUGUGGCGUUGGAGACAAGGCAGCAUCAGCACGAGGCCACAGUCCCUAUCCUAUACAAGAGCUUGAACAGGGCAGUGCUGUACUUCCUGUCCCGUCCCAGGCAGGCCCCAGCUGAGAAAGAGCUUAUCCUCAGGACCCUCCAUGUGCUGCAGCAGCAUUGGGAUAUCAUCAUGGCCACCUACAAUGCCAGCGUCCACUUUAUCAGCUGCCUGCUGCACUGCCUUCUGCUCAUCCGCUCAGGAAGUUUUCCAGAGGGAUUCGGGUGUGAAAUGCACAAAAAACCGUCUAGAAAACUCUGGCGACAUCUUUUCCCCCACAAGAAUAACCAAAUGAUGGCCCCAGUUGACAUCCCGAGUUCAGCAGAGGUGGAGUCAGAGCUGUUGAAGCUUGUGGAAAGCACAUGGGAUAAAGUCAUGCAGGAGAGACGACACUCACUAGAGGAGGCCUAUAAGAUUGACCUUUCAGCCAAGCAGGCAGGAAAGGAGACCCUGGUCUCUAUGAGUGAUGUGAGCCCUCUAUGGGAGGAGAUAGCCAUGAAAUCCUGGCAGGUUUUUAUAGACUCUCAGAAGAAGAAGCUGAAUAUUGGCCAGAGAAAAAUAAGUAUUCUUAUCAGUCGCUCACCUCAGAGGACACCUGAAAAGGACCCAGACUCUAAUGUGGAGACAUUUCUGGAAGACAUAGAAGUACAUCGAAAGAUCGGUGAAGAGAUGUUCGAGACCUUGUUGAAGAAUUACAUGCAGGCGCUUCACUGUGAGAAUGAGCUAAUGGCUGCUCGGUGGCUGAGGAUAGAGCAGGACUUGCUUCGUGAGAGGGGGAUGUUUGGCCCUGGUCCAGGAGUCUUCAUCAACCAGGGCUGGGUGCAGGAUGCAGCUGAGGGGCCCAACCGCACCAGACUCCGCAUUCGCAGGAAGGCAGCGAGGCGCUCUAAGAAGCUUCCAUGCCUAAUGCCAGGACAGUAUAUGAAACACAGCACCGUAGACGAGAGCAGAGGUGUGGCAGAGUUCGGCAUUGCAGAUGCAGAGCUUAGGAUUCUGAGUGAGUCAGGCAGGGAGGCUGAGAAGAUGCCUAACCUGGACUGUGAGCAUCUAACCUUCUUCCCCUCACUGACUGAGGUCUCGAGUCCUACUGAAGAUAUUUCUGAGGAAUGCAUGGAGUCACAGCUCAUAAUACAGCAGCUGGCUCCCAAUGAGGAGAUCAAAGUCAAGCAGUGUGUUGCGGUUGUUAGUGGCCAUAUGCUAGUGGAGGGAGUAUUAUUAUUUGGGAAGGCAGAUCUCUAUGUGUGUGAGGGCUUCACACUCACCUCCAGUGGGGAUGUGUGCUGUGGAAAUCACCAUCCCACCAGUGUGAGAGACUCGUUUAUCUGUGGCAUGCUGAAAAAGGAACAGAGCUCAGUAAACCCAGCUUGCAGACGCUGGUCAUACGAGGACAUUAAAGAGGCUCGUUUUAUGCGUUUUCUUCUUGAGGAAAACGCAAUUGAAAUCUUCAUGAAGAAAGGUGCUUCAGUGUUUCUGGUGUUUGUAAACAAAGACCAUGUCAGUGCUUUUAAAAGGUUAUGCUCUGUAGUGCCUUCAUUAAAGGGAAGAGGGGUGACGGAGGCCGUGCAUAAUGUUAGAAAGACAGCAGCACUUGACAAGACGGUUAUUGCUAAAUGGCAGAAAGGAGAAAUGAAUAACUUUGAAUACCUCAUGCAUUUGAACACACUCGCUGGACGGACGUACAAUGAUUUGAUGCAGUAUCCAGUGUUCCCAUGGAUCAUUGCUGACUAUGAAUCAGAGACACUGGAUUUGUCAUCACCGACAUCAUUCAGGGAUUUGUCCAAACCAAUGGGUGCUCAGAAUGAGAAAAGGAGAGAGAAAUUUAUCCAACGAUAUAAUGAAGUAGACAGUAAUGAUGGUGAGCUGUCUGCACAAUGUCAUUACUGCACACACUAUUCCUCAGGCAUCAUAGUGGCAUCUUACCUUGUGAGAAUGGAGCCUUUCUCUCAGACCUUCCUCUCUCUGCAGGGCGGCUCGUUUGAUGUGCCUGAGAGAAUGUUCUACAGCAUGCAGAAGGAGUGGGAGUCAGCCUCCAAAGACAACAUGAGCGAUGUGAGAGAGAUCAUUCCAGAAUUCUUCUACCUGCCAGACUUCCUUAUCAACUCAAACAACUUUGAGUUUGGUUGCAUGCAGGAUGGAACGUCUCUGGGGGAUGUUGUGUUGCCACCUUGGGCCAAAGGAGAUCCUCAGGAGUUCAUUCGCAUGCACAGAGAAGCAUUAGAGAGCGACUAUGUGAGUGCAAAUCUUCACCUGUGGAUCGAUCUGAUUUUUGGCUAUAAACAGCAGGGUCCAGCUGCAGUGGAGGCCCUCAAUGUCUUUCACCCUUAUUUCUACACAGACAAGCACGAUGCUGAGAGCAUGAGGAACCCGUUAAAGAAAAGCACAGUCCUCGGCUACAUCAGCAACUUUGGUCAAAUUCCCAAACAGCUUUUCACAAAGCCUCACCCAAGCCGUAUUGUACACAAGAGCUCUACAACCAAAGAGAUGACUGGAACCAAUCACAUCACUCCGUUUUUCUUUAAACUGGACAAACUGAAGCCAUCAGUCCAGCCUUUAAAAGAGCUGAUUCAUGGACCUGUCGGUCAAAUCAUUUGUGGAGAGAGAGAUUUGUUGGCUGUGGUGAAGAACAAGUUGCUCAUGCCGCCUCUCUGGAAUACUUACUUCUGCUGGGGUUACUAUGACAACACAUGCUCAUUUGGCAAUUACACAACCGAGAAGGACUUUGGAGUGUGGGAAGGUCUGUCGGACUGGGGAGAGGCCGUGUGUGCUGCCUGUCCCAACAGUAAUGUCAUCAUCACAGCUGGGAGCAGCACAGUGGUGUGUGUGUGGGAUGUUUCCAUCAGUAAGGACAAGCUCAAGUACAUGAGACUCAAAGAGGCCCUCUACGGACACACAGACACAGUGACCUGUGUAGUGGUGUCCGAGACCCACAGUGUUAUAAUUAGCGGCUCUCAGGACCAGACAUGUAUCUUAUGGGACCUGGAGGACCUCAACUACAUCACUCAGCUCCCUGCACACUCAUCCAGUGUUACUGCCUUAGCCAUCAACGAUCUCACUGGUGAGAUUGUGUCAUGUUCAGGGACAAAUCUGUACCUGUGGACAAUGAAAGGCCAGCUGCUAGCCUCUGUAAACACCCCGUAUGGGCCGGAGGGCAGUAUCCUGUGUUGCUGCUUCACACAGAAGUAUGAGUGGGACCCACGCAAUGUCAUUAUUACUGGCUGUGCAGAUGGUAUUGUUAGGAUAUGGAAGACUGAAUAUACAAAGGUACAAUUACCUGGACAUGAGGAGUAUUCAGCGUCUCGGGGGGAUGCUGUAUCCCUGUCUGCAGAGGACACAGAGCGCACCAGGACGAGGUGGGAGAGACACCUGGUGCUGUGCCGAGAACUGAACCGGAGUCAGAUCAUCACCCGUCGCCGCUACAAAAACAAUCCUGCUGUCACUGCUCUAGCCAUAUCCAGGACUCAUGGUACACUACUGGUAGGUGAUGCCUGGGGCAGGGUGUUCAGCUGGACCUCUGAGGACUGAAGACAGGCAACCGAACAUCAAUCAUGCCCCGAUAUACAGCACGCCAUUCAUCUGGGACUGCCGCACCACUGCUGACUCCAGAGAUCUGCACAGCGCCUGCCGUGUUUGAGGGAUGACGCAUAGUUUCUUGGACUCACUGAGGCAUUCUUGCUCAAGCCAGAAACAGAACACUGCUUAUUUAAGAAAUGAAGGAUGCUGCAGAUUUUGCGUGUGUGUGUUUUAUUUUUUUCAAUUUGAGCCGCAGUACAGAUCAUUUUUAUUGUAGGGUCUGUUUCGCCUCCUUUUUCCUAAAUGAAGCCAAGUGAUGUUUAUUUUAGAAACAUUGGCCUGUAGGAAUUUUAUGGGCAGCUGCGUCCCAGGCCUGUAUUAUCUUAGCUGUAGAUUGUUUUUCUUUCACGCUAUUUUUUUUUUCAUAUGUCUUGAUGGCUCAUGUGAUCAUUUUGUACAAUCUGGAUCCUGCUCACACUCCGCAUCACAAUCCAGGUGGUACAAAAUAACGACGAUCUAUUGUGUUCAUCUCUAGCAUGUAAAUAUAUGUGGAUUCAAUGAAUAUUUUGUGCAACAGUUAAUCAGAUAUUUCUGUUUUGCUUGGCGUUUUCUUGUGCCUAGUGAAAAGUAAGUUGCUUUUUAUACAAGCAGCUUUUACAGAACUGGAGUGACUCACCCGUCCCAGCUUGAGAGUGUGUUCUCUGCCACUAACAGAAAAGGUUAUGGUGUUUGAGAUUUUUUUUUCAACCCCCUUUAUUUUGUGGUCUACAGGAAUACUUAGCAAGCACUUUUGUUAUGCAUGCUCAUAGAUCUACAAACUCACAAAUUUACUUGUGUUACUGACCAGUAUUGCUGUUUAUUUUUGAUGAGAGAUACAUAUUUGUAUUUGGUAUUAAAUAAAAACAGACUGAAAUUACAAAGAAAUGUUUCCUUUUAGAUUUUUAACAUAUACAAAAAAAACUUUUAAAUGUGAAAUGUGCAUGCUAUGAUUGUGCAACAUUUUGCAGAGAGUAAGACUUUUUUUUUCUUCAAUGUAUUUCUAAGCUUCAGCAAAAUAUUUUGGCUGGGAUUUAAUCGCCUUUCUCAGACAACCUGUCUGCUGCUCAAGUCUUAAUGAAUUUAUAUUUAAAUCACAUAACCAGAAGCACGGACAAUCACAAUAGUCAUUCUCAGAAUCAGUGCACUGUGUUAGUUACAUUUUUUUUUUUUUUUGAAGAACCUCAUCCACAUUUUAUCAAAAUGAUCAUUUAAAUUGAUUACUAAAGAUGUAUUACUAAUGCUGAAAUAUGAAGGAACCCAGCUGAUUUGCACUCUGUAUAAAAAAUAAAUAAAUUUUUCCAUCCUCACA